CUUCUAUUGCAGCACGCGCAUGGCGCCGACCUGGCCAUAAGCAUACCGAACAAUCCCGGCCUGGACGAUGGCGCCUCGUAUCGUCUGGACUAUAGUCCGCCCUUUGGCUAUCCGGAGCCGAACACAACAAUCGCCUCAAGGGACAUUGGCGAUGAGAUUCAGUUCUCGCGCGCGCUGCCCGGCACCAAAUACAAUUUCUGGCUCUACUAUACAAACUUUACGCAUCACGAUUGGCUCACCUGGACGGUGACCAUAACGACAGCGCCCGAUCCGCCCUCGAACUUGUCCGUGCAGGUGCGCAGCGGCAAAAACGCGAUAAUACUUUGGUCACCGCCCACACAGGGCAGCUAUACGGCAUUCAAGAUAAAGGUGCUGGGCCUAUCGGAGGCAUCGAGCAGCUAUAACCGCACCUUUCAGGUCAACGACAAUACAUUCCAGCACAGUGUCAAGGAGUUAACGCCGGGCGCCACAUACCAGGUCCAGGCCUAUACCAUAUACGAUGGCAAGGAGUCUGUGGCCUAUACGAGUCGCAAUUUCACGACAAGUCGAAGGACGCGGCAUAAAGAAUUGCUGGACAUAAAAAUCUUGAGAGAGCCGAAUACGCCGGGCAAAUUCAUUGUGUGGUUUCGGAAUGAGACAACGCUCUUGGUGCUGUGGCAGCCGCCGUAUCCGGCGGGUAUAUACACCCAUUACAAGGUGUCGAUAGAGCCGCCCGAUGCCAAUGACAGUGUGCUGUAUGUGGAGAAGGAGGGCGAGCCGCCGGGUCCGGCGCAGGCGGCGUUCAAGGGACUUGUGCCGGGACGUGCCUACAAUAUAUCCGUGCAGACCAUGUCCGAGGAUGAGAUAUCGCUGCCGACGACCGCACAAUAUCGAACGGUGCCGUUGCGUCCGCUGAACGUGACCUUCGACAAGGACUUCAUAACGUCCAACUCGUUCCGGGUACUGUGGGAGGCGCCCAAGGGCGUCUCCGAGUUUGACAAGUAUCAGGUCUCGGUCGCGACCACACGUCGCCAGUCGACAGUCGCGCGCAGCAACGAACCGAUUGCCUACUUUGAUUUCCGUGACAUCGCCGAGCCGGGCAAGACGUUCAAUGUGAUUGUGAAGACCGUGUCCGGCAAGGUGACCUCCUGGCCCGCCACAGGCGAUGUCACACUGCGUCCGCUGCCCGUUCGCAAUUUGCGUAGCUUCAAUGAUGACAAGACCAACACGAUGAUCAUAACCUGGGAGGCGGAUGCGCCAGCAACACAGGACGAGUAUCGCAUUGUCUACCACGAGCUGGAGACAUUCAAUGGCGACACGAGCACCCUGACCACAGAUCGGACUCGAUUCACGCUGGAGAGCCUCUUGCCGGGCCGCAACUAUUCGCUGUCCGUGCAGGCCGUCUCCAAGAAAAUGGAAUCGAACGAGACGAGCAUCUUUGUGGUGACGCGUCCCUCGUCGCCCAUCAUUGAGGAUCUGAAGAGCAUACGCAUGGGCCUCAAUAUCAGCUGGAAGAGCGAUGUCAACUCUAAGCAGGAACAGUACGAGGUGCUCUACUCGCGCAACGGCACCAGCGAGGUGCGCACCCUCAUCACCAAGGAGUCACGUCUGGUCAUCAAGAACCUGCAGCCGGGCGCCGGUUACGAGCUCAAGGUUUUCGCCGUGAGUCACGAGCUGCGCAGCGAGCCGCACGCCUACUUCCAGGCAGUCUUUCCCAAUCCGCCGCGCAACAUGACCAUCGAAACGGUGCGCAGCAACUCGGUGCUGGUCCAUUGGUCGCCGCCGGAGAGCGGCGAGUUUACGGAAUAUUCCAUACGCUAUCGCACAGACAGCGAACAGCAAUGGGUGCGCCUGCCCAGCGUACGCUCCACGGAGGCCGACAUCACGGACAUGACCAAGGGCGAGAAGUACACCAUACAGGUCAACACGGUCAGCUUCGGCGUCGAGAGUCCCAAUCCGCAGGAGGUGAACACAACCGUGCCACCGAACCCGGUUUCCAACAUUAUACAGCUCGUCGAUUCGCGAAACAUCACGCUAGAGUGGCCCAAGCCGGAGGGUCGUGUCGAAUCCUACAUCCUAAAAUGGUGGCCCAGCGACAAUCCGACGCGCGUGCAAACCAAAAACGUCUCGGAGAACAAGUCGGCUGAUGAUUUAUCUACAGUCCGUGUGCUGAUCGAUCUGAUGCCGGGUGUACAGUACAAAUUCGAACAGACGACCUCGUACGGCAUACUGUCGGGCAUAACGAGCCUCUAUCCGCGCACCAUGCCACUCAUCCAGUCCGACGUGGUGGUGGCCAAUGGCGAGAAGGAGGACGAACGGGAUACGAUAACGCUGAGCUAUACGCCGACGCCGCAGUCAUCGUCCAAGUUCGAUAUCUAUCGCUUCUCGCUGGGCGAUGCGGAGAUCAAGGAAAAGGAGAAGCUGGCCAACGAUACGGACCGCAAGGUGACCUUCACCGGCCUGAUACCGGGCCGCCUCUACAACAUAACCGUGUGGACGGUGAGCGGCGGCGUCGCCAGUUUGCCGAUUCAGCGACAGGAUCGCCUCUAUCCGGAGCCCAUCACCCAGCUGCACGCAACGAAUAUCACGGACACGGAAAUCUCGCUGCGCUGGGAUCUGCCCAAGGGCGAGUACAAUGACUUCGAUAUCGCCUAUCUGACGGCCGACAAUCUGCUCGCCCAGAACAUGACCACACGCAACGAGAUCACGAUCAGCGAUCUGCGUCCGCAUCGCAAUUACACGUUCACGGUGGUCGUACGCUCCGGCACGGAGUCCUCGGUGCUGCGCAGCAGUGCGCCGCUCUCGGCCAGCUUUACCACCAACGAGGCGGUGCCGGGUCGCGUGGAACGCUUCCAUCCGAUGGAUGUGCAGCCCAGCGAGAUUAACUUUGAGUGGUCGCUGCCUUCCAGCGAGGCUAACGGCGUCAUUCGACAGUUCUCGAUUGCGUAUGUGAACAUCAAUAAUGCAACGGAUGCGGGCAUGCAGGACUUUGAUUCCGAGGAAUCGUUUGGCGUCAUCAAGAACUUGAAGCCCGGCGAGACGUAUGUGUUCAAGAUACAGGCCAAGACCGCGAUUGGCUGGCCGGAGCGGGAAUAUAAGCAAACGAUGCCCAUAUUGGCGCCGCCGCGACCCGCCACACAGGUGGUGCCCACCGAGGUGUACCGCAGCUCGUCGACGAUACAGAUACGCUUCCGGAAGAACUACUUCUCGGACCAGAACGGACAGGUGCGCAUGUACACGAUUAUUGUGGCCGAGGACGAUGCCAAGAAUGCCUCCGGCUUGGAAAUGCCCAGCUGGCUGGAUGUACAGUCGUAUAGCGUCUGGUUGCCCUACCAGGCCAUCGAUCCGUAUUACCCGUUCGAGAACCGUUCCGUUGAGGACUUUACCAUCGGCACCGAGAACUGUGACAAUCACAAAUCGGCUUACUGCAAUGGACCCCUCAAAUCCGGCACCACCUAUCGCGUCAAGGUGCGCGCCUUCACCGGACCCGACAAGUUCACCGACACGGCCUACAGUUUCCCAUACAAACCGGUGAAACUGCUGAGCUCGCCGGAUCAAGACAAUACCUCGCUGAUUGUGGCCAUUACGGUGCCGAUGACCAUAAUCCUGGUGCUGCUGGUCACGUUGGUUUUCUACAAGCGACGCCGCAACAAUUGCCGCAAGACCACCAAGGACUCGCGUGCCAAUGAUAACAUGUCCCUGCCGGACAGCGUCAUCGAACAGAAUCGGCCUUUGAUUAAGAACUUUGCGGAACAUUAUCGCCUGAUGUCCGCCGACUCGGACUUUCGUUUCAGCGAGGAGUUCGAGGAACUGAAGCAUGUCGGCCGGGAUCAGCCGUGCACGUUCGCCGACCUGCCCUGCAAUCGGCCCAAGAAUCGCUUCACCAACAUUCUACCCUACGAUCACUCGCGCUUCAAGCUGCAGCCCGUCGACGAUGACGAGGGAUCCGACUAUAUCAAUGCCAACUAUGUGCCCGGCCACAAUUCGCCACGCGAAUUCAUUGUCACCCAGGGACCGCUGCAUUCCACGCGCGACGACUUCUGGCGCAUGUGCUGGGAGAGCAACUCGCGGGCGAUUGUUAUGCUGACACGCUGCUUCGAGAAGGGACGCGAGAAGUGCGACCAAUACUGGCCCAACGAUACGGUGCCCGUGUUCUACGGUGAUAUCAAGGUGCAAAUACUCAACGACAGCCACUACGCUGACUGGGUCAUGACCGAGUUCAUGUUGUGCCGGGGCAGUGAGCAGCGCAUAUUGCGUCACUUCCAUUUCAUCACUUGGCCCGAUUUCGGCGUACCGAAUCCUCCGCAGACGCUGGUGCGUUUCGUGCGCGCGUUCCGGGAUCGCAUCGGUGCCGAGCAGCGUCCCAUUCUGGUGCACUGCAGCGCUGGCGUUGGCAGAUCGGGCACCUUCAUCACAUUGGAUCGCAUUCUGCAGCAGAUCAAUACGUCCGACUAUGUGGACAUUUUCGGCAUAGUCUAUGCCAUGCGCAAGGAGCGCGUUUGGAUGGUGCAAACGGAGCAGCAAUACAUUUGCAUACACCAGUGCCUGCUGGCGGUGCUCGAGGGCAAGGAGAACAUUGUCGGACCCGCCCGAGUCAUGGACGACAACGAGGGCUUUGAAGGAGCGCAAUGCUCAGCUGGGGAGCAUGGCGCGAUCGUGGCCACCAUCGAGGAUCAUCUGCAGCUGCAGCUGCAACGCGAGGCGGAGGCCAUUGACGACGCGAACGCCGCAAUUAUUCAGACGAUCACAGCGCCCCUCACGAGCAGCUUCGGGGUCGGCGUCGGCGUCGGCGUCGGG